UACUGCGCUCUGCUGCUUCUUGUUCCGCCAUUGCCACGAGAUCGAGCUCUUCUUGCUCCCCACCACGCGCCCUCGAUCGCUUGAGCCCUCCCCGCCGGCGCCUCCACGAUGGGUGACGACCACGACGACGGCCGCGCCUUCCCCUGCUCGCCCGAGACCACCCCACGUCGAGGCCGCCCGCGACCGCCACCGCCACCGCCACCGCGUCCGACCUUCGCCGCCGCCUCCGCUCGCCGGGGGUGUCAUUCUUCCCAGGUUCACCUCCGCGCCGACGACUCGAUUCAUUUCUUCCCGAUACGCCUUCGCGGCUCGCCCUCCGGAUCAAGAAUCAAGAUCGUUCAAAGAACACAAAGAAAGAUCACCUAACUCUUCCUCCCUGACUUCUUCAGACCGUCCCCAUCGAGGCCGCCGCCGCCACCGCCGUCGCCCAGCGGGAGGAGUCGAUUCCUUCCAGGCCUCCGGGACGCGAUCUUUUCCUGCGCCGAGACACACAGCUCCGGAUGCAGCCUGGCCGAGCGCGAUCCGUGUACCCUGCACUCGCCCGCCGCCGCCGCUCAGCGAUGGUUCGAUGGCAUUAUCUUCUUCCGCUAGCCAUCCUGCUGUGUCUCCCCAUUCCAUCUGAGACUUAUACGUUCCUUGGGGGAGUCCCCGAGGCCGCUAGAGAGCUAGAGGCGCAUGGUCGCUUCAAUCAGCUCGUCACGCAGAUGCAGGUGGAUAUUGCUGCACGCGACGCCGCCGGAUUCGUAGAGGUGGAUCACGGCGCCGGCGCCGGAUCUGGUAUACUCAGAUGGGCCGUCGGCAGCGUAUUCGCCGUGUUCUGGGUGGCCCUUAUCAUCGGCCUCGUUGGGGGUGAGAAGGAUCCAGUUCCAGCCGUACGAGCAGUGACUCGGUCUCCGCAUGAUAUUACCCAUCUGGGCCUAUAUCUGGCGGGUGCUCUUAGGACCUGACUAUGUUGGGGAUUACGCUGGAUCAGCAUGGUCUAUCAGUAGCUGUUAUUAGGACUUGACUCUGUUGGGGAUAAUUUUUCAGGACUUAUUACCGUGUUGGAUCAGUAUGGUCUAUCAGUACCUGUUAUUAGGACCUGACUCUGUUGGGGAUUUUUUCAGGACCUUUUAUUAGGACCUGACUCUGUUGGGGAUUUCCAUUGGUUUAUCAGUAGCUGUUGGGGAUUUUUUCA